AUGCGAAGAACUUCGUCACAGGGGGCUGCGCUGGGUGCUGCGGCGCUGCUCCCGCUGCAGCGGCUCUACGCGUGGCUUUGGUUCGAGGCUCGCAACAGCGUCCAGGAGUGGCUGGAUGAGCUGGAUGCCCAUAGUGCUUUGGUGAGCUCCCUGGCGUCGCCUUGCCGGCAAGUCGCGCUCUGGAGCUGUCAUGUCCUCACUGCGGCCUCCACUGGUCAUGCCAGGAACGCCAAGGCCUUUGCCAAGGCGGGUGCGGAUCUGGCCCUGCGAUCGCUGGCGGGGCGCUAUGCCCAGGACGGCGAG